GAACAUAGAAUAUUAAUAUUUAAUGUUUAUAAUAAUAGAAUUAAUAGAUGUUCUGCAAGUUAUGUCUAAAUGACAUAGUUUAUUUCUUCAAAUUAUCGAGGUUUUCGAGUUAUUGAGAUUCCUCUAUAAUUAUAUACCUAUGUUAUAAAAAUUAUGAUCAAAAAAUAUAAUACUUAUAAUAUAUAUGAACCCAUGGCCCAUACACACAUGAAAACAUUCAACUAUGUUCUUUGGCGUUGAAUAAUAAUAGAAAUGCGAUAACCAAUAAUAGUGGUUUUACCCCGACGACUUGGUAUUUUCCCAGUAAUAAUCAUCUUUGCGCCGCGCCGUCUCGUCACAACAUAAGACAAUAUUAUUACAGUUUAUAUUUAUAUUAUUAUUUAUUACUGUUUAGUGCUUAUCUUCCACAGACCAUAAUUUAUUAAUUAUUAAAGUGACUGCGACUAGUGCGACUCGGCGUCUCUGCCAUUUUUUCAUUUGCGCGUUUGUCGGUUGAACGUACCGUUGCCUAACAUAUUGUUCGGAUUUUGUAUUUUCGUUUAUGCGUUUGUGGUUUGUUGGUUCGUUUGCUUGUAUACCUAUUUGAAAUGUGGUCAGUGGUAGAAUUUAUUGACGACCGAUCAGUUGAAGUAGUACCGGCCUACUGGCUAAAUAAGAAUAAAUGUGCUUGGCCAAAAAAAAAUUCAAAAAAAUUUAUUCAAAAAAGAGUAAAACCAAAUGAAAUUGAUUUUGACUUUUUAAAGGCUCGUAAAUUGGGAAAAGAUAGAGAUAAUUAUACUUUAGCUAGAGAGAAAGCUAAAAAGGCAGAGUAUACGUCUGACUUAUCAACAAAUAAUGACACACCAUCUAAAAUGUCUGAAACUAAAAAUAUGAAAUCUACAUUAAAUCCUAAAAAAAAGGAUAAAAUCAUGCAACAAAAAGCGAAUGAUGCUUUAUGGAGUCCAUCAUCUCCAAGUGAUUUUUUUGUCGAUGAUGGCAAUUUUAACAAGGCAGAUAAACUAGCAGAUACUGUUCUUGUAUUAUCUGGCACUCCAAAUUCUCCUGCUAUAAAGCUUCUUCCAACAAUAUUAUCUUCAAAUAGUUCAAAUAUAUCCAACACUGAUCAAACUACUGUGAAUGAUGUAAAAAAAAAAUUAAAUUUCAAUAAAACAUGCCAUAUGAUGAGUCCAAUUUCUACACCGGAUAAGAUAAUAGAAAUAACUGAUCUUGAUGGGGUUACACGUUUUAUUGAUGAAUCUUUCAUUGGUAUAGUCAACACAUCAUCAUCACCAUUUAAGAUUUCUAAUGUAUCUAAAAUAGAUUUGCAGCAGUCAGUAUCUACUCCAAAUGAAUCACAACAAAUAUCUGCACAUAAUGAAAUACUUGAAUUUCUUCAUAAAAUGAAUCGAACUAUCUGUAAUAUCAAAUAUGAUAUUAAUUCAUUAAAUGAGAAGGUGGAUAAAAUGUACGAUAUAUUAUUAGAACCAAGUCGAUUUGAAAAUUCAUCGUUUGAAAAAAGUACUGAAAAUAUAUUCCAAACGGAACUGUCAAAUCUUCCAUUGGAAUCAGAAGAUGAACUAGAUGAAUUUGAAAGAAAACUUACAACUAAUAAAGAAUUCAGAAUAAAACUGGUUGCAGAGCUCAAACGUUUUUCACGUAGUACAUUACCAAGUACUGUACGUAUUAUUAUGAGACAACUAUUUAAAGAUGCACUACUUGAGAAAUAUAGUUACAAAGGUUUGAAGAAAAAGAAAGUAUUCUAUACCUUGGCUACAUGUACAGUCAUAUUUGAUGCAAUAAAACAAAUGAAAAAAUUCAAAUUAAGUGAUGCUGUUGACAUUGAAACUCCUAUAAGGACAUUUAUUUCUGGAGCUAAAUUUAGGGAGCCGAAAAAAAAUCUACUGACCCCGUCUAAUGAACCAUCAUUUUAAUUAUCUAGCUAUUGUAACUAUUGUAACUAUUUAUUUAUAACUAUUGUAGUAAGUAACUACUAUAUAAUGAUGAAGUGCUUUUAUUUUUGU